GUUUCACUUGAGACACGCAACAAAUAAAAACCUGUCAGCAGUCUGGCGAAUGAAACGUAUCUAGUUGCGGACGCGCUGGCAACUUGGAGCUUAGGACACGUCAGCUGCCUGGUCUGCGAGGCUUUCCUUGCUCGUCGUGCACAGAAACCUCCAUCAUGCAUGUGGGAUGAGGCUCAGGCAGUCACCAAGCUACUCUGGAGCACUGCUGGCAACAGACUCCCUGCAUCGUGGGACUGAGGAGAGAGAAACAGCCCUACUUCUCUGAGUUUCAAGGUCCUGUUUCUUAGGCUACUGGACACCAUUAGCUCCAGAGGGAGUCGGAACACAGGUCUCACCCUGGAGUUCGUCCCAGAGCCGCGCCGCCGUCCUCCUCGCAGAGCCAGAAGAUAGAAGCCGGUGAACUUCCAGCGAAUGCAUGAUUGUUGCCUGUCAUGGGACCUUCUGUGCUCUUUAUCCAUCCAGACCUUGGAAUUGGAGGAGCGGAGAGACUUGUUGUUGACGCAGCGCUUGCACUGAAAUCACGUGGUUGCCAAGUACAAGUGUGGACAGCCCAUUAUGACAUUGGUCACUGUUUCUCAGAGACACUGGAUUCGGGCAUUCCAAUUAGGUGUUGUGGAGACUGGCUUCCCCGGAGUAUCUUUGGAAAAUGUCUGGCCUUAUGUGCAUAUAUUCGCAUGAUAUUUCUGGCUUUCUAUGUGGUCUUUCUUAGCGGAGAGCAAUUUGAUGUGGUGUUCUGUGACCAGGUAUCGGCUUGCAUUCCAGUUUUCAAACUGGCCAGAAAUAGAAAGCGAGUUUUAUUUUAUUGCCAUUUUCCGGAUCAGCUUCUUACCCAGAGGACAUUGCUGCUUAAGAAGCUUUAUAGAACGCCUAUUGAUUGGUUGGAAGAGAGAACCACAGGCAUGGCAGACUGCAUUUUAGUCAAUAGCCAUUUUACUGCUAAAAUCUUCAAAAAAACAUUUACAUCAUUAUCUCACAUACAACCAGAUGUUUUAUAUCCGUCACUAAAUGUUAGUAACUUCAAACACAGUGUUUCUGAUGACCUGUCCGAGUUUGUUCCUGCAAAGCGGGAGACUGUGUUUCUUUCCAUCAAUAGAUACGAGAGAAAGAAAAAUCUUAACCUUGCUCUGGAAGCCUUAUCUUCUCUUCAUUCCAAGCUGAGUUUGUUGGAAUGGGAAAAGGUGCAUCUCAUCUUAGCAGGAGGGUAUGAUGACAGAGUUAGAGAGAAUGUUGAGCAUUAUCAAGAGUUAAAAGAAAUUGCUGAAAAAUCAGAAAUGAGUAAUCAUGUAACUUUCUUAAGAUCUUUCUCUGAUAAGCAGAAAUGUAAUCUCCUUCAUAAUUGUGCUUGCAUAUUAUACACUCCAAGUAAUGAGCAUUUUGGGAUUGUUCCAGUAGAAGCUAUGUACAUGCACUGCCCAGUAAUAGCGGUUAAUUCGGGCGGUCCUCUGGAAUCUGUUGUAGAUGGAGUGACUGGCUUUUUGUGUUCCCCUACAGCGGCAGCGUUUUCUGAUGCAAUGGAAAAAUUUGUUAGAAACCCUACCCUUAAAACAUCAAUGGGAAAAUCGGGAAAUGCAAGAGUUAUGGAAAACUUCUCAUGUGAAGCUUUUUCAGAUCUGAUCUACCAUUACAUAUGUAAGCUGAUGGAGUGCAGAUGAUUACACAAAAAUGCCUCAUAAAGAUAUGUUUUCUCUACCCCUGAUAUGCUACAGUGAACAUUUUUACUAGAGGUUAUGCACAUACGCAUUUACUGGAUUCUGCAAUGUAUACGUAAGCAGCCCAUUAGAAUGUAUUGCAGUGUACAGCUGGUAAAUCCUUAUUUUAAUUGAUUUAUCCACUGUGCUGCCUGCCCAUGGUGCUCACACUGCAUUCAGCGUAUGAAGCUGUUACAUCAUGUGAAAUAGGGAACAAAAUCGAUUAUUCUUAAAACCCCAGUAGACCAUAACAGAAAGAAAAUACAGGUUGGAGCCAUGGUGCAUUUAACAUGCAAUUUGAAUAGCAUUGAGUUACAUGUACUGUACCAUGGAAAGCAGCAAUUCUCAUUGAACAUACAGUAUGAUGUACAUGCUGCAUCCAGGAAAUGACUGUGCAGCGAAUGCUAAACAUCCCAGGCAAGCAAAAUUCUGUGGACAUGUGCAGACUUAGAAAACCAAGGCAUCAGGUUCAGGUUUAUCUCUUGCUGUGGAAUCAAGUCCCUCUUAUUAGUCUUAUAUAAUCAUCUCUUCUUGUUUCGUCAGGUGUACAAUAAAUAAAUUUCUUGCAAA